GCCGUCGCGGCGGUGACGCGCGCGGGCCGCCCUGCCUAGACAGGGGGCGGCGGCGGAGGCCUGGCCCGGGAUGGCGAUGUUCCGCAGCCUGGUGGCCUCGGCGCAGCAGCGGCAGCCGCAGGCCGGGCCCGCGGGCGGAGACAGCGGCUUGGAAGCGCAGUUCAGCUGCCCCAUCUGCCUGGAGGUGUACCACCGGCCCGUGGCCAUCGGCAGCUGCGGCCACACGUUCUGUGGGGAAUGCCUCCAGCCGUGUCUGCAGGUGCCGUCUCCCUUGUGUCCACUCUGCCGCCUGCCCUUCGACCCCAAGAAAGUGGACAAGGCCACCCACGUAGAGAAGCAGCUCUCAUCUUACAAGGCACCCUGCCGGGGUUGCACCAAGAAGGUGACACUGGCGAAGAUGAGAGUGCACAUUUCCUCCUGCCUCAAGGUCCAGGAGCAGAUGGCUAACUGCCCAAAAUUCGUCCCUGUGGUGCCCACAUCCCAGCCUGUCCCCAGCAACAUCCCCAAUCGGUCAACCUUCGCCUGCCCCUAUUGCGGUGCCCGAAACCUAGACCAGCAGGAGCUGGUGAAGCACUGCGUGGAGAGCCACCGCAGCGACCCCAACCGGGUGGUGUGUCCCAUCUGUUCAGCAAUGCCCUGGGGGGACCCCAGCUACAAAAGCGCCAACUUCUUGCAGCACCUGCUGCACCGGCACAAGUUCUCCUAUGACACCUUCGUGGACUAUAGCAUUGACGAAGAAGCUGCCUUCCAGGCUGCCCUGGCUCUGUCCCUCUCUGAGAACUGAGGCACAGCCUGGCUACCUGCCCCAAACCUGGGGUGGAAGAUACCCUCCCACCUCAAGGGACAGGGAUGUUGCCCUCCUGCUCUGGCACCUGCAACAGGAACACGCCUGGCUGGGCCAAGUGGAGUCUCACACGAGGAGAGCUGGUCCCAGAGUCCCUAGGGCCAGGACGCUGGCUAGCUGGCCCCUUGCCGUCAGCAGGGCUGCUGGGCCCUGUCCAGCAGCACUGGGUCAUUGGUGCUUUGAGGGGCAGGUGCUGGCCGUUGGGUUAGGGCAGUCGGCUGCCUCUUCCCAUGAUGUCCUCAUGUGGAGGAGAAUGGGGUGCCCUGAGCUGUGCCCCAGCAGGACCGAGGGAGGAGGCACCUGCCCAAGGCCGCCAGCCCACCCGGUCCCCAGCUUCGCUUCCACCGUGAGCAUUUGGUACUGGCUUUUGUGAUACUUAGGAGCCCUGCAUUUUUCUAUCUAUCCUGUGAUAACCUUUCCACAUUUUAUAGCGCAGAGUCAAAGCAGCCCCUCUUCAUAUCACAGUGUCUGUUUGACUAGGAAGAAUAGUAUUUUUAUGGAGCAUUUACAAAGUUAUAUUUUUAAAAAAAAAAACAAAAAAACAAUCAAAAAUAAAUGUGUGGGAUCAGUGCAAAGAGGGAAGGAGUGGUGGGCACAGCCAUGAGGGUGACCAGGGUUUCGCCUGUGCGUGGGACAGAGGUGGUAUCCCCAGGCCACUUGCUGUUUGAGGGCUCUUGUUUGCUGGUUUCUUUUUGAUGACCACGAAGAAAUCUCAACACCCUUGGCUAUUUGCUGUGGCUGUACCCAGCAGAUGCAGGGCAGCCCAGGCUGGACAGGGAUCUUCUUCUGCCCCAGAAACUGUCCUCUGUCCACUGCACCCUUCAGAGCCAACCACGUCUGCCCCCUGCCUUGGCAGAGCUGUCAGAGGCCAAACUGGCCUGCUUGGUGGCAGGUCAGGCAAGAAAACAUUUGUCAACUCUGGUUUGGUCACGGCAUCAAUUAUCGCUGUCUUUUAAAGUUUAAAUAAAAUGUCUCCAAGCAUCA